AUGCAGUUCUGGAAUACUUAUUUCUUAUUGUUUAUAGCCGUUGCAAGUUUUGCUGUGGCUAAAAAGCCAGAAGAGAGCCCCAGCAACGAUAAAGAUGCGGCUAUAACAGGCAAGCUGAGAAUGAUUCACGAAAAGUUUGGAGAAGGAUAUACCAAAGGCAACACGGAAUACAAGAAGUAUAUGUCCAGAGUUCUUGAGGCAAUUGGUUGGGCAAGCGAGCGCGUUGCAGACAAGAAUCGUUUGUAUGAUGAAUAUCAAGCUUACAACAAAGUUCGGUUGGAUCUGGAGGAGCAGACUAUGAAACGUAUCGAAGAGAUCGUGAAUAAUAUUUUGCUAAAUCUACCCAAGAAGAGCAAAUGCGUAAAGUUCUAUUCAAAGCAAAAAGAUACACUGAAAAAAUCGCUAACGAGUUCCAACGGUGAUAGGCCAAAAAUAUUGGCAGAUAAUAGUAAAACUUGUGAAUUAUAAAUAGUCACAGUUCAAUU